AUGUUGGAGAUUCAGCUAUCCGAGUCUCCUGAACCUUUCCCAGCCCUGCAUGCUGAGUCCGCUAUCAAUCUUGAACCAGAGGACUCAAGCGGCCACAUCCCAGAGUCCAAGUCGCAUCAAGACCGGGCUGACCAGCCCGGUGGGUCUGGAGAUGGAUGGAAUAUCUCAGCUACCCUCAAGCAUGGUAGCGACUCGUCAGUCGAUCUCCUGCUGCCGGAUAGGCCCUACGAUGUCCAGUUGUCCGCAAUGGACGUUCACAGCAUCGCCGAGAACGUCUGGCCUCAAGAGAUUCGGGAUUAUUAUGCUAGUCUGCGCUCUUUUUUCCAAUCUAGGAAGGAUCCUCAACUCCGGCCUGAUGCUCCCCUCGACUUCGAGUACCUGGACAGCAAGUUUGUCCUCGACAGUAAUGUCAGCGUUCGUCGCAGUGAAGACGCUGUUGCCCGCCCACUCGAGCCAACUUCUUCGGCAGCAGCGCAGACAACCAUUGUCGUGACAGAGAGUGUAACAGAUCUCGAAUCUGGCCAGAAGACCAUUCGCUGCGAGGUGCAGUGCACAAAGCCCCAGUCAGACAGAGCAUGGGAGGACUUUCUCGCUACGUGCGACCGUCUCACAGACGAUACGAAUCGCAAGUUCCACCCACAUGUAUCGGACUACGAGACCAAUGUCUUAUAA